AUGGACGACAUCUAUGCACGCUUCAACCCAAAUCCAUUCAAGAUCGCUGCGUGGAAUAGACUGUUGAUGCUAGGGUCGUCUUCUACAGCAGUGACAGCAAAAGGCGACCCUACGCCACAACAGCAACAACAGAAACCAACACCAGACGUCCUCUACGACAGAGCCAUUACGGUUCUGCUCCGGCUCAAGGAGGAUCUGUUGCGUCUCGGUUGGUCUGAAGUUCCCCAAGAACGCUUACCCCCUGGGUUGCUCUUUAUGAUUGAGAGUCCAAUGGACUCGUCUACGUCUACUAGAUCUACCCCUCCGCGUAGUGCGGGUCCAUCACGAGUGCCACCGUUUACAGGUCGACUCUUGCCCACGCCUGCGGCCUCGCCCGAAACACAGCCUGGUUCUUCGACUUCGGCGUAUUCGUCCUAUUUCGACUCGGACGUGACGACCUCGGCAACUGAGAUGGGGACGGAAGACAGCAGCGGGUUAACUUCGUCCCCGCGG